AAAGCUCGCGGAACGCACGCUAGGAGAACUAUCUGGCAAGACCGCGCACGAAAGCUCUGCUCCUCACGGGACACACCAUCGCGCGCCUCCUACGCUGCGAAGCGCAGCCUCCACCACCCCGCCAUGUCCAACACCGACUUCCUAGGCCGUGCGAUCGAAGCGGUCAAGAAGGCAAUCGAGCAGGACACGGCCGGCGACUACGACAAAGCCUACCAACAAUACUACCAAGCGCUGGAACUGUUCAUGCUCGCGCUGAAAUGGGAGAAGAAUCCCAAGUCAAAGGACAUGAUCCGGCAGAAGGCCGGCGAGUACAUGGAGCGGGCCGAGAAACUCAAGAAUCACCUGGCAGAGAACGAUGGGAAGCGGAAACCGGCGGCGAUGGGGUCGAAUGGAGCUGUCGGAUCGAACGGUGGGGGGAAGGGCAAAGAGGAUGAAGGCGAGGACCAAGAUCCGGAGAGCAAGAAGUUAAGAGGAGCGUUGGCAGGUGCGAUUUUGACGGAUAAGCCGAAUAUCAAGUGGGAGGAUGUGGCAGGUUUGGAGCAGGCAAAGGAAGCGCUGAAGGAGGCUGUCAUUCUACCGAUCAAAUUCCCACAUCUGUUCACAGGGAAGAGGCAGCCUUGGAAGGGUAUUCUGUUAUACGGACCGCCUGGAACGGGAAAGUCAUUUUUGGCAAAAGCGGUGGCUACGGAAGCAAAUAGCACGUUCUUCAGCGUGAGUUCGUCAGAUUUGGUGUCCAAAUGGAUGGGUGAAUCAGAGAGACUGGUCAAACAACUCUUCAACCUCGCCCGCGAAAACAAGCCCUCAAUCAUCUUCAUCGACGAGAUCGACGCCCUCUGCGGUCCUCGCGGCGAAGGCGAAUCCGAAGCAUCCCGACGCAUCAAAACCGAACUCCUCGUACAAAUGGACGGUGUAGGCCGCGACAGCAAAGGCGUCCUCAUCCUCGGCGCAACAAACAUCCCCUGGCAACUCGACGCGGCGAUUCGAAGACGUUUCCAACGGAGAGUACACAUUUCCCUACCCGAUCAACCCGCGCGGAUGAGAAUGUUUGAGCUCGCGGUGGGAGAUACGCCGUGUGAAAUGUCGGCGGACGAUUAUCGGACGCUGGCGAGGUUGAGUGAGGGGUAUUCGGGAAGUGAUAUCACGAUUGCGGUGCAGGAUGCGCUGAUGCAACCUGUGCGGAAGAUUCAGACGGCGACACAUUACAAGAAGGUCGACGUCGACGGCGUAGAGAAGCUCACACCCUGCUCACCCGGCGACGCGGGCGCUCUCGAGAUGGACUGGACACAAAUCGAAACGGAUCAACUUCUAGAGCCGAGAUUAAUGGUCAAAGACUUUGUCAAGGCAAUCAAGAGUGCACGUGCGUCUGUGAGUAGCGAGGAUCUGGUGAGGAGCGCAGAGUGGACCAAGGAGUUUGGCAGUGAGGGUGCUUGA